AUGUAUAGAAACUAUGCAUUAGAAUCUGUUUUUGAUGUCAGACACUUGGAAGAGUACAAAAAACGAAAAAUGGGAUUAUUACAAAUAGACAUCUUCUAUGCAAUCAGGAAGCAUAAAAAGACUCAAAGAAGGAAAGAUUUAUUUAGGAGGAAUUGUAAAGCGAAAGUUGUUUUAGAAAUAAUUCUCGGUACUCUUAAAUAUGUCGUGAGUGAUUUUGUCGAGCAACAUAAUCACGAGUUGUUUAGCAAGAUCAAUAUGUACUUAUCUCGUUCAAAGAGAAAACUUGAUUAUUCUCAGGAAAUUUUCAUUCAUAAUUUAUCAAAACAAAAUAUUGGUCCUGUAAAAGCACAUAGACUGUAUAGUGCUCUUCAGGUCGGUCCUUCUGUUCGAGGUGGAUUGGUUUCUGAUUUCAAGAAUGCUAGGAAAAAUCUUAAUUGUUACAUAGGUGGGAGGGACGCGAAAUUCCUUGUUGACAAGAUGAAUGACAGGACGAAAAAUGUCCCAUCAUUUACUUUUGAGUAUAAAGUGUUGAACAAAAGAUUGAAUGCUUUAUUUUGGGCUGACGAAACAGCAAAGUAUAACUACAAUUCUUUCGAAGACGUUCUAUCAUUUGAUGCAACAUUCAGCAUGAAUAAGUAUGAUAUGGUUUUUGUUCCCUUCUCUGGCAUCGAUAACCACAAAAAGUGUGUAACAUUUGGUGCUGGACUUUUAAGUAAAGAAGAUGGAGUUUCUUAUGAAUGGUUGCUUAGGGAUUUUUUGAAAGCUUUUAGAAAACAACCUCAAUUGGUUAUAUCUGACCAAGAUCCAGCUUUGAAAAAAGCUAUAGAUAAGGUUUUCCCGUUUGCACAUCAUAGGUUAUGGAUCUUAUGCAGACACAUAUUCUGUGUGUUUAAGUUUUAUGGCAUUGAACAAAUUCCUAAAAAGUACAUUUUGAAACGUUGGCGUAGGGAUGUUAUUCCAGCAGAAUUACUGAAAAGACACUUCAAUAGUUCUUUUGACGAUUCUAAUUCUGACAUGAUUGCUAUUGAUAUUUUUUCAACCGUUGACCGUUGUGUGUCCUUUUUACGCCAUGAUGCAGCUAAGUUAAAAUUAUACCUUGACGAGAAGAAUAAGUUGAAAAAAAAUUCGUAG